UGCUGUCACCUUGACUAAAGCUGUUGGGAAUCUUAGCGCUGUUCUGUUCUGUUUUGGAGGAUUGGUACAUUUGAUCGAGAACACCGGCGAUCCAUGGAAUGUUGCGUUACGUCAAGACUGGAAUUACUUUGACUGUCUGUACUUCCUUGUGGUUACCAUGUCAACUGUUGGGUAUGGAGACAUGUCACCAAUUACGUAUUUUGGUCGAAUAUUUAUUAUGAUAUUCAUAUGUAUUGGAUUGGGAAUGUUUGCAACCCAUAUUCCCUUUAUCAUGGAGUACUUCUCAUCACAAUCUGAGUACCAUGGAUCCUACAAGAUUGCCCAAGGAAGAAAGCACAUCGUACUUUGUGGGUACAUAACACACGAUACUGUAGAGAAUUUUCUCAGGGAUUUUCUGCACAAGGAUAGAGCAGAUGUGGUCGUCAACGUUGUGAUUCUUGGAAAUCAUCUACCAGAUCCAGACCUUGAGAGAACCAUCAAGAAACACUAUGUUCAUGUAUCAUAUUAUGUGGGUACAGUAUUAUCAGCAGACGAUUGUAAACGAGUCAAGAUGUCUAAAGCAGAUGCCUGUCUAGUUUUGUGCAACAAGAACUGCUCUGUUCCUGACAAUGAAGAUGAAGAAAACAUCAUGAGGGUUGUUGGUAUCAAGAACUUCUUUCCAAAGAUGCGGGUCAUUAUUCAGUUGCUGCAAUACCACAACAAGGCCUACCUGCUGAACAUUCCAUCGUGGGACUCCAAGAUAGGAGAUGAUGUCGUAUGUGUUGGUGAGCUUAAACUUGGUUUCAUUGCCCAAAGUUGCUUGUCGCCCGGUUUCUCCACCUUGCUGGCGAAUAUCUUCUCAAUGAGAUCCAAUGACUUGAAAGGUGAUGAUACGACGAGUGAUGAUGACUGGAGGAAGUGGUACGUGCGAGGAACAAACUGUGAGCUAUACACAGAGAAGCUAGCGCCUUCUUUUAAGAGCUUGGCGUUCAAGCAAGCAGCCGAAAUUUGUUUCGAGAAAUUAAACCUCCUGCUGAUCGCAAUUGAAGUAACAAAGGUGGACGGGGAAAAAACUUUUGCGAUUAAUCCUAAAGACAAGACAUUGAUCAUUCAAGGCAACACCUUGGGUUUCUUUCUUGCAGGAUCUGCACAAGAAGUCAGAAGGGCCUUCUAUUACUGUACGAUGUGUCAUACCGAUAUCACCGAUCCUGAACUCAUCAAAGAAUGUGAUUGUUUAAAACAAGGUAAACCAACUAAGUCUUUAAGGUUUCUAGUGUCAGAAGCCUUGCCAGGUCUGUCACUAGGUAGAGAGGGUCAUCGUACGGUUUGGAACGUGCCAAUUAGAGAAAGGACAGACAAUCAGGACGAAGAAAAUCCUUCUAGAAGUGAAGCCAUCCAUCAAAGACUGAUGCCUCUCUCCAAGAAACAGGGAAGCUACAAGGUUCUCAGUAAACUCAAAGCUGUUGUGGAGGAAUCCAAGAAAGAUGAAAGUCAGGUUGCUUUAUUGUCAACCAAACCAAGCGAUAAAACUGCAUCGAGCAGCGGAAUGACAGAAGAGCAUUUGAAAGAAAACAAGCCAGUUGAAAGUUUCGACAGGUCCAAGCCACUGUUCGAUGUAACAGGAACGUUUUACUGGUGUUCUGCCGUCCCAUACGAAGAAGCCAUACUGACCAAAGAAAAAGCCUACGAUAUCGUGUUUACACACCACAUUUUGGUGUGUGUGUUCAACAAAAAAGAUGAUCCUCUCAUCGGCCUUCGACAACUGGUGAUGCCUUUGAGAGCCAGUAACCUUCAACAAACAGAUCUCAAACACAUUGUCCUUCUUGGUGACAAAGACUAUCUAGAGAGAGAGUGGGAACAAAUUGGUAGUUUUGAUAACAUCUACAUCCUACCGGGUUCGCCGUUUUGUCGGUCGGAUUUACGAGCUGUCAACUCUAAUCUAGCAGACAUGGUGGUGUUCCUGUCCGCUACUACAACGAGCUCCUUCUCUUCUGAUCCUAAACUUGCUGAUAAGCAUUCCAUUCUUGCCUCGUUAAACCUUAAGGCUAUGUCAUUUGACGAUGCAGCAGGGCUUCUAAGUCAAUCCACUAGAGAAGCGUUUAUUGGUUUACCCGAUGUGUCUCUAGGUAGUCCUAACAUCCAAAGACGAGGAUCUGCUUUUGGAUGCAAUAUCCCCAUGUUAACAGAGAUCGUAUUUGACCAUAACGUACAGUACUUGGAUAUCGACGAUGAUGAUGAUGAUGACAUGGAGUUGUAUCUUAGUCAACCGUUUGCUUGUGGAACGACGUUCACAGCUUCUGUUCUUGAUUCACUCGUCAGUUCAACUUACUACAAUGGAGACAUCUUGACCUUGGUUCGUAACUUGGUGACCGGGGGGGUUAACCCAGUACUUGAGGAACAGCUAGCAGAAGGAGAAGGAUUAAAAGGAGGAUAUGAAGUAUCAGAGACGUCGGAGAUUAGAUGCAGGUGUAAGAUUUCCCAGAUAUCUCUGUACGACGGCCCUUUGGCAGAAUUUGGGAAUGGCGGUCAGUACGGAGAGAUGUUUCUGCAUGCUCUUCGAGACUACUCCAUGAUCUGUCUUGGUGUUUAUCGGUUCAGAGAUUCCAACAAGUUGUCUUCUACACCUUCAUCCAAGAGAUACGUCAUCGCUGUUCCGCCCUAUGAUUUCCUCCUUCAGUCCACUGACCUGGUGUUUGUACUGGCUCACUCUAAUGACCAGCUCAACAAACAGUUUUCUAAAGAGUGAUCAUCAUUUAUGUAAAGUAAUUGCAUGGGCACAAUGUAUAUUACAACUAGACACCAAAACUACACGACAUCCUCUAAGUGGAGGAUAACCAAGAGUGAUAGUUCAUACCACACACAUAUGAUCACAUGCAUAUGUUAUGAAGACUACAGAAACACCGUCACGUUCUGAGUUAGGAAUUCAUUGCACUAAGCCUUAAUGUUCACAUGAUGAUUGUAUUCAAAGAACAAGAAAUUCGCUGACACAUGUGAUCAGUAGCAUAACAGCUGGAUGGCAAACCAGUUUAAUACCCAAAUAUCUACGUUCUAUCUAGGUUCUGGAUCACGUGUGUUUGUUUGAAUUCCUUUCCAGAUUUGCUCUAAUACUGAUGAGUCGGACUGUUUACAAUGCAUGAAAUCGAAUGUUUAAAUGAGCAAGGGCCGCACCCAUCACUUGAACAAUGGCCCAUUUUUUAUUACUUAAAUAUUUUUACGAGGGAAAAAAGGUUCUCUGAUGGGUUAAAAAUUGUCCGAUUAAUACAGGACCAACCGUACUGCAUGGUGACUAGGCCCUGAGAGAUGCUGGUACGAUGCACGUUAUAUAACUGAUAUGUAUGUCAGACAUUGUCAGUUUUUUUAUGGUACGAUUUUAAUCAUCGUGGCUGGAGUAAAUUUUAAUGAAAAUUGUAAAUACAAAACUGAACGCAGAGAAUUGAAAAAAAUAAUGGAAUCCAAUUGACCAUAGAUGGUCUGAAUGUCUAGAUUCUUCAAACGGAAGAUUUUUUAAAAACAAAGUGGCGAAAAUAAUUAAAUAGCUAUUCUCGUGCAUUAGCUCUGAGAAUAUGGGAAGUGAAAGUUGGUAGACUAGCGAAUAUUGGUUCUUGUCGGCCAAACGAGAAACACGACCAGGAAAACAUCUUUUAGAUUUCAGCAGGAUUUCAGUGAAGUAAUUUCAUUUAUGAGAUUGUGAAUAUAUUUAUUUCAAAUUUCAUUUCAAUGAUUCACAGAAAACCGGUUUUUAUUAGUUUUAUUUAUGAAAAUAAAUCACUAUCCCAAAA